GGUAGUAUUUAACAGCGCUGGCUUUGAAAGACUUCAAACACGUCAAGAAGGACAGGCGAAAACAUUAAACUAAAAUAAUAUUUUGCUUUUUAUGCAUAUGGAAUUUAACAUUUAUAUACAUAUAAUUAUAUAAUGGAUACUUCAAAAAUUGAAGACUAUUUAGAAUGCUCAGUUUGUUUGGAACUGUUAGAUGAACGCAGCCGAGUUCUACCAUGUCAACAUACGUUUUGUUUAAAAUGUUUGGGAAUAGUUUUGGAAAAUAAAGGACACUUGCAAUGCCCAGAAUGUCGAUCUAGUUUUCAAGAUACUUCUAUAAAUGACUUGCCAAGAAAUGUUUUGUUAAUACGAAUACUAGAAGGACUUAAAAAUAAAAGAUUGAGCACAGAUUCCUUAACAUCGAAUGGUGGUGGAAGCAACAGAAAUAGUGUUACUGAACAAGUACGAUCUCGACAUAAUUCUAAAAGAUUAUCAGUGAAGGAUAAAUGUGAAGCUCUGUUAAACCAACCAUCAGCUAGAGGAUUGUACAAUUUUAUUUCAAGUGAAGAUGGAGAUUUGCAAUUUUCAAAGGGUGACAUGAUUACCUUGCUGCAUGAGGUUGAUGAUAAUUGGAUGGAAGGAAUAUUAAAGGGGAAAAGGGGUUUAAUACCAAAAACGUUUGUUGAGAUUUUAGUCCCUCUCCCGAAAAUUGAUGACGACACAAAUAAAGCCCCAUUUGCAAAAGCAGUGUAUUCUUAUGGGAGCAAAGAGGAAGAACUAAUUUCAUUUAAGGAGGGGGAUAUGAUUGGUGUAAUUAAAAAAGUUGACGCGAAUUGGUUAGAAGGAAUACUUGGCGGGCAGUACGGAAUAUUUCCUGUUAACUUUAUGAGGCUUAAUAAAGCCGCUAAAGAAAUAAUGAGUGCCGAAACCAGUAGCAGCGGAAGUGGUAGCAGCUCCGAUGAAGACACUGAAGAAAAAAGAAAACGAAAAUCGAGAAGAAAGCUUCGACAAGGGAGAGCUAAACAACAACCUUCACCCUGGAUAAAAAUGAAUAACCCUCAAUCUGUUGCCACAGGAGGAGCGCUGUUGUCAACUACUGUUUUAUCGACAUCCUUAGCUGCGUCUUCAUCUACUUUGGAAGCAACCCCAGAAACGUCAACCGUAGAGACGUCAACCGUAGAGACGUCAACCGCAGAGACGUCAACCACGGAGACAUCCGCAGUUUUGUCAGAAUCAGCAUGUACGACAGAACAAGCCAAAAGACACACUAUUCACAUCGAAAAUCCGAACGAGCAACGAAGGCAAUCGCGCAGAGCCUUGAACCUAAGCGAUGAAUUUGAUCAAUCAAGAGAAAGACUGCGGACACAAUCACAAGGGCGUCGAGCUUCUGAAUCAUCCGUGCAAGAACGUUCUCUAGCAACUUCAGUUUUGCUAAAUCGUGCUUUAAGAACUUCCGACGAAGAACUAACUACUACAGCGCCGUCAACAACGACACAAACGUCGAGCCGACCCGACGUUUCUCUUACAUUUUCAACAUGUCCUUCAAGUAAUACACCAUCACCUUUGGAGCCAGGUGCAAGUUACACGGCUCUGUUUACAUAUUCGCCUUCGCAAGAUGACGAGCUAGCUCUGAUACCAGGAGAGCAAUACUGUGUUAUUGAGAAACAUCUCGAUGGUUGGUUUAAGGGAGUUCACACUCGCUCGAGACAAGCUGGUGUUUUUCCUGGAAAUUACGUGAAACUAACAAGCCAAGUCACAUCUCAGAUGCUUCGAAAUAUAGCUUCUAAUCCUUCAAGAAACGUUAUUGGCUAUGGUUCAAAUCCAUCAUCACCGUUAGUUCAAGGCGGUGGUGAAACUUGUUUUACAUUUCCAUUCAGCAGUCAUGAAGUUACAGAGAGGGUGUCGUUUCCUGUACCAAGGAGGAAAAGUAGCGGGGUAUCAGGACUUUUUAAGAAAUUGAAAAAAAGUAAAUUAAAACGCCCUCAAACGCCAACUGUUCCACAACCGCCCUCCUCUCCACAAACACCACCUUCAUAUUACCAUUCAUCUAUGCCUGCACCUGCUCAUCACCGUCUGUCACGACCAAGUCCAAUGCUACCCGCCGAGCCGCCACCACCCUAUACGCCAUCACCUGCUAUUGAAACAAAUGCUCUCACUAUGAACGAGAAAUUUCGCGCCAUUGCAACUUAUCCCGCCAAUCACGAGCAAGAAUUGUCUCUACGCGUUGGUGACGUUAUAUACGUUAGUAAAAAGCACUUAGAUGGGUGGUUUACUGGAAAAUCAACUCGGACUGGCGCAACUGGAGUGUUUCCUGCAACGUUCGUUGAAUCAAUGGAAUAAAAUCGUAUAUGAUAAUGAUAUUAAUGAUAAUGCAUUAAUCAUAAGUGGCACACAUUCUCCACCAAUGCAGUCUCAUGCUCGAUUUGAAAAUUUGCAUCAUGUUGACGCGACGAAAAAAGAGAGAAUUUCUUUUGCAACGCACCGUUCAAGUUUAAGUGCACCCAAACAUAUUCAAUCGUAUUUUAAAUGAUAACAUCAGCGUUUUGGCUGGCAUUUUAUUACAUCCGUUAUCUCGGAGAAAUCUUCAGACGUCGCGUUUUAAGCGUCAUAUGAAACUCAAUAAAAUUCUUCCUGUUCUUUUCUUGAUUAUUUUAUACUUAUACAUGCUCGUAAUUAUCUUUUUAUUGCUGGCAACGAGGUUGCCGAAUCGUCUGUCUUCGGACUUGACAACCGGAAGCUUUUAUUUAAUAUUUGAGUUGAGUCUGCUUAUGACAAUAAGUUCGCCGAGGGCAAAUGACGCUUUAACAAUACUGACUGUAGUGCACAUUAGGGGUAAGUCAGUAGGUCUUGUUUACCCCGAGAAGUGGAAUAAACGAGUCAAAGUGUGCUUGCAAAUAUUAUCUCAGUUUUACAAUCCUAUAUACUUUUUUUAUUCCUUUCUAAAAAUUAAAUAUUAAAUUAUUGAAUCACAUAUUUAUUAAAUGACGUCAUAUUUUCAUGACAAACUUUUAUGCAUUGUCCUUCUGUUCUUUUAGUCAAUUUUAUUGUAUAUAUGUUCUAGAAAACACAAACACCUAGAUGUUAUAUAUAUGCAAAUAAAUAAAAAGAUAUAUUAUCCAAA